AUGUCCUCAAGAAACAUUUCUUCAGAGCGUCGCUCGAAGUCCAUACUCAACAGAAAAAAACCCGUAUCCGCAGGAACGUUGCCGCAAAAGACGCGGUCUUCGAAGAACGAGGACAUUGUAAAAAGUUGCGCGACAAAGUCACGAGGUCUUCGCGGGCGGCGACUUCUUUCGCGAAGAGAAAAUAAAAUGUGCGAUGACGCGAAACACAAGGUUCGCUUAUCCGACGAGACCAGCGUCGCCAGCGCGGGCAACAAUGAUCUGAUUUACAUUUUACGGAAAGAGAUACACGACUGGAGAGUAUCCGAGCAAUUAACGGACAGAUUUGAGCGCGAUUAUUGUCUUAUUGAAGAUGAAAUGGAGAAGAGUUCCAUUCAAGAAAAUCGUGAGACAAUCAAGGAUUUAUCAGAUGUUCUCCAGGAAUUACCGAGUUCUAUUGCCAUUGAUCAUUUAACGCGACGAACGUGA